ACAGGAAAGUUUUAAAAACAAGAACAAUUGGAACUAAUUCAUUCAACUUGAAAAGCACUUCAACUUAUAAACUCCCGGGGUUCAACACUAAUCCCGCUUUACGCUGUGAUGGCUAAAGCAACCCGUUUUCCCUAACAAAAACACUUUUUCACCAUGUCCGUUUUCCCAUUGUUGAUAUUGUCAAAUAUAUUGCUCAACCCCAUGUAGACUAUAGAAAACAUCUUAUAUUGAUAGGAAACAAACACAUUAUUCGAGUCACCAAACAUGUAAAUUGUAAAGCUCUCUUGCUGUGUUUUUGUUAGCCUGAAGAAUCCCUCGCUUAAAAACACUCUCUAUUACUUAAUCAAACAUAAUGUGGCUCACCGCUGCAAGUUUGAGAGGCGAACGUUCAUCUUUUGUCUAUACAAAGUUUUCUAAAGCUAUUGGCGCAGUAAAUUUGGCUACGAAAAGUAAAAUAAAAAGCAUAUUAAACUUAGUACUUUUUUCAGUGUUAAACACUGUGCAUAUCUAUCCAGGAAAAAUAACUACUUUUUAAAAAAAUAAAAUUUAAUGUGCAUUUACGUAUUUUGACUUGCGCAGCUUCCAUUUGAACGCAAACAGUAAGGCUUUUCUGCGGGCUUUUUCUACAUAGUAAUGACAAGCAAUUUGAAUAUGUACACAAAACGAGGUAUUCUUUUAUAUCUUUGAAUGCCUUGUUAUGCAAAUUUUACUCGGAGGUGAGGCACCUUAUAUACCGCGCUUCAUGCAAAUAAAUAAUCAAGCAAUCUUUGAAACGAAUUCAACAACUGGCGAGGCCGGGUUUUUUCAACUGGCCUUUGAUCAUCGCGGAUCUUGAAAACCUCCGGAGCCUAAAAUAUGUUGUGAAGAAAUUGGCGAAAAAUUGGUUCAUUUUCAAAGCUUUCAACCAGUGACAGAUAUCUGACGAUAUUGUUUACACCUCAGGAAGGCUUUAACCUAUCGAAAGCAAAGAGGAAAUUUAAUUUUGGCGUUCGUGGAAUAUAUUAAAGUCCGUUUUGAACUCUCACGCUCGAGCAAAGCAAGAUCAUCACCGAUGGCUGACGAGAUAAUUAACGGAACUGAGAAAGUCCACUUCAGUUCUUUCAAAGGAGACGUUAUAGUAUGCUGCGGAGGAUUCGAGGGAAGAUUUGAGCUGAAUACUGUGGAAGCUUUUUGCCUGACUACAAACACGUGGGCUGACUUGCCUCCCAUGCCAGUGGAAUGCAACAGCCUGGCCGCGGGGUCUUACGGGAGUGCGGUCUUUAUCGCUGGAGGAUCUGACAGGAAGAAGCCUAUUGAUAACACAUCAUUGUUUGAGUGGCAAGAGCAGGCCUGGAGAAAACUGGCACCCAUGGUUACAGCUCGCGCAUACCCCUGUGGUGCCAUGGAUAAAUCGCGGGCGCGCCUUCUGGUAGCGGGAGGAUUCAACAACAAAGAGCUAGAUUCAGUGGAAAUUUUUGAUGUUAAGACCGAAAGGUGGCUCAAAGCCGCUGCCAUGCCAACGGCUCGCACCAAGAGCGGGGGAGCUAUUGUGGGUGAUUACUUUGCUGUGGCGGGAGGGGACGCGUUUGGUCGUCCCACUGACGCAGUCGAGUGUUUCAACUUGAAAACAGAAAAGUGGGAGACGUUUCCCGCCAUGAAUUCCAAGCGCCGCCGCUGUGCAGUCGUGGGUGUGGGCGAGAAGCUUGUUGUGGCAGGAGGGCUGACGCUUGGUGACUACUCCCUAGAUUCCAUUGAGAUGUUCGACCUUCGCAACCGGAAGUGGUUUGAUCUUCCCAACAUGCCCUGCACGCGAUUUGGUUGCGGCACCUGUAUGAUCAGCUCGCGAAUGUUUCUGUGUGGCGGGAACGAGAAUUUGUGGAUGAAGGCGUAUUCUAACCGGUUGGACUCGUUUGACCUGAUGUCUCAAGAGUGGGAAAUUAUGCCGAGUAUGGCACAGAGGAGGCUUCACCCAGCUGCGGUGUCCCUUAGUCUUUGAACACGGCCCAGUCAAGCUGGCACAGAGAUUUAAUCAAAGCGUUCUCAGAUCCGGGAAUGUGUCCGAGCAUGCUUAAAAUUAUCUGACAAUUGUAUUAGAUUUCAUUUUCCAUAAGCAAGCCAUUUAUUAUUUUGUCAAAGACAUAAACUUUUUCUUCUCUAACUGAAGAUAAUUUAAAUGUUUGACGACGUGGAGCGAAAUCCAUUUCAGUCGGGGUAGGGGGUGGGGGGAAGUUGUAGAUCGUCACAGAAGCUUUCAUUCAUAUUCUGUCUUUAAUUAUUAAUUAACAUGUGAAAAUCAUCAGGAUUGUCUUGUUCGUCUCUUCUCGAGGUAGAUUGUAAUAGAUGUACGAUUUCGUACUUGAACUGAUAAAGGCUACGAACGAGCGAGCAAAAAUGUACUGUGUCGUGAACAAGCGAUCAAAAUUUAAUUUCUCCUCGCAAUCAAUGCAGUGCCAAGCAGACAGGUGCUGAAAUUAACGAAAAUCAUCGUUUAGGGAUGUCGUCUUGAUACACCAACGAAUUCUCAGCACUUACAUUAGAACAAAUGUAUUGCGAUCAUGAUUAGUGGGAAGAAUUGCGAUUGUCAUCUUGAAACUGAAAUGAUUAAAUACUUAGUCUAAUCAA